UCUCCUCAGUUCUAAGUGUUUUUCUUUUUAAUCUAAUUUUCCAGCGAUCGUCUUUAGAAAAAGAACCUUGAAUUGAAUUGUGAAACCCAUUUGAUAGUUUAUGAUCCAACUUUUCAUGUCCUUUUACCUCCACAUCCUCACGUCAGAGCUUUCCAAGAGCUAUCUAACUCUUUUACGAACAAAGGAAUUGCAUGCUUUGAUUACCAAAACCCCUCUUGCUUGCGACGCAUUUUAUGCAACUAGAAUUGUUUGUCUGUAUUCUGUCAAUGGUAGACUUGACUAUGGCCGCCAUGUGUUCGAUAAAACUCCCCACCGAAGUGUCUACCUCUGGAACUCUAUCAUCCGAGCUUACGCGAAAGCCCAUAAAUUCGGUGAUGCAUUAUCUCUAUUCUUUAGGAUGCUUAGAAGUGAGACUAAGCCCGAUAACUUCACUUAUUCGUGCAUUAUAAAGGCAUGUUCUGAGAGUUUCCAUAGAGAACGGCUGAAACUUGUUCAUGGACGAGCUUUGGCAUCUGGGUUUGGAUUAGACCCUAUCUGUUGCAGCGCACUAGUGGCUGCAUACUCAAAUCUGGACCUUAUUGAAGAAGCAGGCAAGGUGUUUGAUGGAAUGCCUCAUCCGGACUUGGUUCUGUGGAAUUCAAUUAUUUCUGGUUUUGGGUAUUGCGGGUUUUGGAAUCAGGGGCUGUUGCUAUUCUCUAGGAUGAGGAAUUCGGGAGAACGUCCUGAUGGAUACACGGUCGUUGGUGUAGCAUCGGGUAUAGCAGAACCCAUCCUACUGAAUAUUGGCAAAGGUAUACAUGGAUUUUGUCUCAAGUGUAAUUUUGACUCUGAUGAACACGUAGCUAGUGCAAUAGUGAGCAUGUACUCGAGAUGUAGAAGCAUGGAUUCAGCAUAUUUAGUGUUUAGCAGUUUAUUACAGCCUGAUUUAGUAACAUGGUCCGCUUUAAUAACUGGCUAUUCUCAAUCUCGUGAUUUUGGGAAGGCACUGUUUUUCUUUCAGAAACUGAAUAUGCAGGGUAAGAAGCCAGAUUCCAUUUUGAUUGCCAGCAUUUUGGCUGCUGCUGCUCAAUCAACUAACAUAAGGUCUGGUAUUGAGAUACAUGGUUAUGUUCUUCGACAUGGGAUUGAGUUAAACGAGAUGGUAUCCUCUUCUCUCAUAGAUAUGUAUUCCAAGUGUGGUUUUCUGAAUUUGGGAAUUCAUGUUUUUCAUAUUUUGCCACAAAAAAGUAUUUUGUCAUAUAAUUCUGUAAUAUGGGGAGUCGGUCUUCAUGGACUUGCAUCAAAGGCAUUGGAAAUGUUUGAGGAGUUGCUAGAUUUUGGCCUUGUGCCUAAUGAAUCCACUUUCUCUGCUCUCCUCUGUGCAUGCUGCCAUGCUGGCCUCAACUCUGUUGGCAAGGAAAUUUUUAGAAGAAUGAAAGAUGAGUUUUACAUCAAAUACAGAGCAGACCAUUAUGUUUACAUAGUAAAACUUCUUGGAAUGACUGGGGAGUUAGAAGAGGCUUACAAUCUUAUCCUGUCCUUACCAGAAUCUGUGGACUCUGGUAUUUGGGGGGCUCUGUUGUCCUGCUGUGAUGCUUGUGGAAACCCUGAACUGGCUGAAAUUGUUGCACAACAGCUCUUAGACAAUAAUGAAAAAACUGCUUACAAAGUCAUGCUCUCUAAUAUCUAUGCUGGAGAGGGGAGAUGGGAUGAUGUGAAGAAGUUAAGGGAUACAAUGACUGCAAACGAACGAGGAAAGUUGCCUGGGCUUAGCUGGAUUUGAGAACGAUGUUUGUGAUCAACCUUGCAAGGGCUGGCAUGUACACACGCUUGCUCAUUGUGGAUUACCAUGUGAAAGUGAUGAAUAAUGUAAAACAUUUGCAAAAGGACUACAAGGUUCCUUGAAUUUAUGACUGUUUUCUCCUAGCCUCAGAGAUGCCCCCACUGUUCUUUCGAUACUUCAGGUGCGUCAAUGUUAAGUAGAGGGCCUGAAGAUUCUUGGUUCUUAUGUUGCUCCAGGGCUGAAAACUUCUUAUGAUCAAUUGAGACGGAAAAAAUCUUUUUGAAGAGUUGCAUUUGGUGUGGUGUGGUGAGGUUAGAACUGGCAUAAUUAGAACCGGAUAUUCAUGACAUCGACACCUUUACCUACAAAGAUCUGAAUCCAGUUUCUCUAGCAUACACUUAACAAUAAUACAAUGCCUCAAGAACUUCUUCUAUUAUGGCUAGAGCAAGACCCGAUCUCAACUUAGCGGCUGGAAAAAUGAAGUUCAUGAAG